AUGGAAUCAUCGCAUUCCAUAAUUGAAGCUCUACUUAGGAAGAUCAAGGAUGAGAUGUUCUCAUCUGUUGAUCUCUACUCUUUUGUUUCCCCUUCUGCUUAUGACACUGCAUGGCUAGCCAUGGUUCCAGGUGGGAAUGAUGGACGGCCCAUGUUCGGGGAAUGCUUGAAUUGGGUUGUGAAUAACCAGAGAGAAGGUGGGUUCUGGGGAGAGUCGGAUGGAUAUGGCAAUCCCACCAUUGAUUGUCUUCCUGCAACUCUUGCCUGCAUGCUUGCACUCAAAACUUGGGGUGUUGGGAGUGGAAAUUUGGAGAGAGGGUUGGCCUUCAUCCAUGACAACACAGAGAAGCUUCUCGCAGAAAAUCAUGGCCGCUGUCCUCGUUGGUUUGCCAUCGUUUUGCCUGCAAUGAUUGAACUUGCCCAAAAAACAGGUUUAGAGAUUGUCUUCUCAGAUGAGUUGGAAGAAGUUCUGACAAAUAUUUUCCACCACAGACAACGGAUUCUGGAAAGGGAAGAACUCGUUGAUAAGUACCAUUAUCCCCCAUUACUGUCAUACCUUGAAACCUUGCCUUUGUGGUAUGGUAUCGAUGAAGAAGACAUAGUGAAGCAUUUGAGUGAGGACGGCUCCAUGUUCCAAUCUCCCUCUGCCACAGUUUGUGCAUUCAUUACUACCCGAAACAGAAAGUGUAUGAAUUACCUGCAAGCUCUUGUUCAAAGAUUUCCUCAUGGAGUUCCAUCAAUGUAUCCCAUGGAUGAACAGCUUAUACAGCUUAUCAUGGUCGACCAUUUACAGAAGCUUGGGUUGGCCGAUCAUUUCCAUAAAGAGAUUGAAAAUAUUUUAGAACAUGUUUAUAGCCAUUACAUGAGCCAAGAGCAGCUGCCGCAGCAGAGUUUGGUGCCAGUUCAAAUAUACAGGGACGCUUUAGCUUUCCGACUUCUGCGGAUGCAUGGAUAUCAUGUUUCUCCAUGGAGCUUUUGUUGGUUUUUAAAUCAUCAAGACAUUCUAACACACAUGGAAGAGGACUGUGAAUACUUCUCAAGUGUAAUGUAUAAUGUUUAUAGGGCCACUGACCUUACCUUUUCAGGGGAAUAUGAACUUCAGGAGGCCAGAUCAUUUGCACGGAAGUUACUUAAGAAAACAUUAUCACUGGGAAUCAGAGGUGAUAAUGUUGCUAUGUUCCCCAACUUUCAUGCACUGAUUGAGAAUGAGCUAGAUCUUCCUUGGAUGGCACGGUUGGAUCACCUGGAUCAUAGAAUGUGCAUUGAACAAUUAUGUGAAAUCAACACUCAAUGGACUGGCAAGGCCUCAUUUUACAGGUUAUCUUGCUUUCAUAAUGACGUUCUAAUGCAACUAGCAGUGAAGAAUUAUGAGUUUCGCCAGGCAAUCUAUAAGAGUGAGCUGGAGGAGCUGAAAAGGUGGUGUGAGGACUGGGGCCUUAGUAACAUGGGAUUUGGUCGAGAGAAAACAACCUACUGUUACUUUGCGGUGGCUGUGGCUUGUAGUUUCCUGCCUCAUGACUCUGAAGUGAGAAUGAUAGUUGCAAAGAGUGGAAUACUGAUCAUAGUUGCAGAUGAUUUUUUCGAUACCAAAGGUUCACUGAACGAGUUGGAAAGCCUCACUGAAGCAGUUCGAAGAUGGAAUGGUAAGGACUUGAGCAGCCACAGCAAGACUAUCUUCGCUGCCCUGGACAACCUUGUGAGUGGUAUGGCAGCAAAGCACCUUCAUCAACAAGGAAACGACAUUACAGGAGAUCUUCAAGAUAUAUGGUAUGAAACAUUUGCCUCAUGGUUGCUGGAAACAAAGUGGAGUAAAAGUGGAUAUAUUCCAUCAAAGCAUGAAUACCUAGAUAAUGCCAGGAUCUCCGUUGCCACACAGACCAUGGUCCUUCCAGCUUCUUGUUUUCUGAACCCAGGCUCACCGGAAUGCAAACUGAAGCAUUUUCAGAAUGGAAGCAUUACAAAAUUGCUCAUGGUUGUAGCUCGUUUGUUGAACGAUACACAAAGCUACCAGAAGGAGCAAGAGGAAGGGAAAUUGAACUUUGUGUUACUCCACUUGAAAGAAAACCCAAAGGCAACCAUUGAAGAUUCAAUUUCUUUCACGAAAGCCAUAUUGGAUGAGAAGAGGAAGGAAUUACUGGAACAUGCUUUAAUGGAUGACUUAGAUGAUUUGCCUAAACCAUGCAAGCAGCUUCACCUAUCAUGUUUCAAAGUAUUUCAGAUGUGUUACAACUCUAGCAAUCGAUUCGACUCCAACACUGAAUUACUUCAUGACAUUAAUAGGGCCAUUUAUAUUCCUUUGAAAGUUCAAACGUCAAAGCCCUUGAAGCUUUUGCCAUAUCAUGCUAGACCAAAGAAGGAAAAUUCAAAGAUCAGCAGUACUUGCUUUGAUCAAACCUACAAACCUCGGGUAAAACCCAGUUUCAUCAUGCACCGGAUUCCUCCCAAAAUAAGAGACGGCUGUGGGAAAGUGCCCAUCUCCCUGAAUCUCAAACUAUGUUUCGUUUGAGUCUUUUUAUAUAAAUCAACGUAUGCAGCUCUAAUGUCUUUAGCUGACACGGAUCCUAGCAAGACGUGCUGGCGCGUUGUAGUUUCAACCAAAAA